UCGACGCAUUGCACACAUACAAGCCACGAUACGUUUAUCCGACAUCCUCUCGUGCACGCGUCUUUUUCACCCUCGACGCCGUAUCGAAAGCGGAAAGUUCGAAGACUGGAGAGUGAUUUUCGAUUCCACGCCGAUUGGCCAUUUUUCCCAUUUCGAUUCUUUUUUUUGUGGUUGUUUUUUUUUGUCAGUCUCGCGCAUUCGUUCUUCGGCUAACGAGUUUAUUGUGCUGUGCGCGUUUUAUAUAGACCGGCAAUUACGAACUGUGCGCGCGCGCGCGGAUUCUGCGGACUGACUGACGAAAAGCCUCGUCGCUAAGCUUGUGGGUGUUUGUGUCUAUUGUGUACUCGUGGAUGUUUGUGUUUUUAUUCUUUUUCUUUUUUACAUCGAUUCACGAUAUCACUGAGGUGUGUGAAAACAACAAAAGCAACAGCAGCAGCAACAGCAGCAACAGCAGCAACAACAACAACAACAACAAAAGAAGAUAGCAUCAGUCGCGCGCCAUUCGGAGCCUGGCGCAUUUAUGUAAUCGAGAGAAGCGACUCCUCGACUCCUGCCUGCCUGUUGUAUAUAGAUAAUGUGCACACACGCACGCAAGUGAGCAUGCUCGAUCCGUAGUAAUACGCGUGCGGCUACGUUCGAGCUUGCGAGCUUUUUUCGGGGAGAUUGCCAUUGUCCCAAGCCUGACGACAUCGCCGAGGGCGCAUUGUUUGUGCGCUGCGUGCAAACUUGGUAGACGGCCGAUGAUUAAAAGCGCGAACUUCGCUCAGCAGGUGGUGAAUUCAUCUUCCACGAAUCUAAUAUACACGAGGCAGAGUAUACAACCGCAUGUGCACAACAUUUAUUCGACGAGCUACUGCUGCUGCAUAUAUAACGUCGAUGACGACGAGACUACGUCAAUAUGGCUAAAACAGUGAAAGGCGGAAAUGAACAAUCUCUGAUGGGCUGCUUGCGUCGCUGCCGCUGCUGCUACCGUAGCUACCGCCGCAGUCCAGGCAUAAGUUCGUCGCGCCAAUCGUCGUCGUCGGAGCUGCACAGGCUCCAUCGUCACUGAUGCAGCACUCCGUUUCUGCCGCUGCCGCUACAUCAAACGCAUCGCAGUAUAUAACGGAGUUUAGUGGUGGUAGUAGUGCAGUAGCAGCUCGACGUCGCUGUAGAAGCAUAAACAGCUCGCUCGGCGGUGCAUAAUAUAAUACGGAUACACACAGCCGAACAGCCGCAUCAUGACGACGACUACCACGAGCACGACUCGCUGCGUCCUGAUCCAGCGGAUGCUGCUGCUGCUCCUGCUGCUGGCCGGGGUGACGCGCUCGGAUCAGCGACGCGAGCCGCGCAGCUUCAAGGACGUCCAGCUGAUGCUGAGCCAGCAGCAGCAGCAACAGCUGCAGGCGCUGCCGAGGCCCGCGCCGGCCUCCUGCGACUUCGAGCGCCACUGCACGGACUGGCACUGGAAUCGCGUCAACGGCAGUCUGCGCCUCGCGAAGCCGCCCCUCGGCGAGUUCGCGGCGCCCACCAGCGACGCCAGCAAAAACAAAGACGGCAAAUUCCUGUACAUGAGGGGACCCGCGGCCGACCAGUUGUACUCGAGCGAAAUACCGCGCAGCACCUCGGACUGCUAUCUGGAAUUGGCUGUGCAUCAGGUCGAGAUGAAGUACGGCUCGAUUAGCCUCGUUAUCGAGACCUUCAACAGGACCAGCUACGUCGCCGCGGAGAAGGGCGGCAACAAUGCUAAAAGCUGGGAAACGAUAAAGUUCAAUUUGGGCGUGAUCAGCCAGAAGUUCAUCAUCAUACUGGAGAUCAGGGCGCCGUUCGGCAACUCGAGCCUGGCCCUGGACAAUAUACGCCUGGUCAAUUGUUUCCCGGACAGUCGGGCCUUCAAUUACGGCGAGUGCAAGGCCGCCAGCAUGUUCCGCUGCUACAACGGCUCGGCCUGCCUCAAGCGCGAUCACGUCUGCGACCUCACGGCCGAUUGUCCCAGCGCCGAGGACGAGACGGGCGAGUGCGAAAAAGUUCCGGCCUACGCCAAGUGCAAUUUCGAGUGGGGCUGGUGCGGCUGGACGAACGGCGCCGAGAACCCCCUCAACUGGACCUUGCAUCAAGGCCCAACGCCGACGGAGCGCAUGGGCCCGGAGACCGACCACACCUAUCGCAACUCCAGCGGAACUUACGCGUACGUCGAUAUGUCGAGGAAGGUCGAAUACGGGAGUCAAGGAACUCUUAAGAGUCCUAUUUUUAAUCCGACGCCGCCGUAUCACAACGACACCAGCAGCCCGUACUAUAAAUCUUGCAAGGUACGCUUCUUCUAUCAUCAAUACGGCACGCACACGGUGGCGCUGGGCCUGUACCUGGUGCAGCUCAAGCCACAUCAGAAUCACACGGAGCGACUGUGGUGGUCGUUCAAGGACAACAGCGACCUGUGGAACGGCGCGGCGGUCGUGCUGCCGUCCAUACGCUACCGCUACUAUCUGCAGUUCGAGGCGAGCAAGAGCUACGGCUCGAAGGGCGACGUGGCCAUCGACGACGUCUCCCUCAGUCCCGAGUGCUUCGGCAUCGGUGUGCCAGCUGACGUCGUGGGCGAUUUCAAUUACUACGAGCAGAAAAUACCACCCUGGAGUGACGUGCCGCCCAAGCACGCCGAUUUCACCAACAUAACGGUGAUGCAAGUGACGAGCUGCGACCAGACGGGUCGCUUCGGCCCGACGCCCGAGCAGUGUCUCAAGCAUUACAGCAGUAUCGGCAGCAGCAGCGGCAACGAGACCCUACAGACGCUGCCGGGUACGGAGCUGCUGCUCGAGGUGCUGUCCGAGGCCUCGAGCGACGAGGGCGGCGACUCCUCGCUUCAGGGCAAGGGUAUCCAGCGCUGGACCGUGCCGAGCGGCGGCUUCUACACACUGAUCGCCGUUGGGGCGCGCGGAGGAGUCGGCGCGCUGUCGAUGGGCAGCUCGCUCGGGGCCAUGGCGCGCGGCGUCCUCGAGCUCGAGAAGGGCCAACAAAUUUACUUCAUGAUUGGACAGUCCGGCACAGAUGCUUGCCCCAAGAAGCUCGGCUCGAGCAACGACUCGUGCAUCUAUAAUGGCGGUCUCAACGGCUCGCUGGCCGACAACAUCUCGCUGGUCCGCCAAGUGAAGAACAUCGAGCCCAGGGACGGCGGUGGCGGCGGCGGCGGAGCGACUUACAUUUUUACCUUGAAGGACAACGGCGAGCAAGUGCCGCUGCUGAUUGCCGGCGGCGGCGGCGGCCUCGGACCGACCCGCUUCAGCGACGAUCAUCAGCACGGCCAGACCCGAAUACCGGCCCACCUGAAGCCGGUGGGUGGCUCGUCCUCGCAAAAGGAUGCCGGUGGCGGCGGCGGAUUACUGGACGAGGACACGACGACGUCGUCGUCGAACGCGAGCAAUCGAGUGGCUUUCGGCAUGGCCCUGACGCGGGGCGGCGUGGGCGGCCUCGGCUGCGGCAACAAUCACAAGGGCCACGGAAACGGCGGCUACGGCGGCGGAGGUGGCGGAUGUCUGUCGGGCGGCGGUGGCGGCGGUUACAGAGGCGGCGACACGGGCGCGCUGAGCUCGGGCAACGGCGUGGGCGGCUACUCGUACGCCAGUCCCGAGCUGCUGCACGCCGUCUACGAGGAGCGAUUCAAUCCGGGCCCCGGCCGGGCCUACGUGAUACCGGCGAUAAGCGGCUGCGGCUGCGACUUUCGCUGCGUCGUCGUCGAUCAGCAUCUCAGCGAGACGCGCUGCCUCUGCCCGUUCGGCUGGCAGUUGGCGAGCGACGGCAAGGCCUGCGUCGUGAUGAGCGAGGCGGACUCGGUGCACACGACCAUCUUCAUCAUUCUGAUAGUCGUCAGCAUCGGCUCGGUCCUGGCUUGCAGCGGACUGUUUUUCCUACUCUACCACCGCUAUCAGAAUCGGAAAGCGAUGCAGCGCCGACGCCAGGGCAUGUUCGGCACCGAGCUCACGGCCCUGCGCGUCGUCUCGGACAACAUGAUGACCGAGUUCAAUCCCAACUACGAGUUCGCCGGCAACUUGUACAGCUUCAAGGAUCUGCCGCAGAUACCGCGCGACAACAUCACGCUGGUCAAACCAUUAGGCCAAGGCGCCUUCGGUGAGGUGUUCCAGGGCAUCUACAAGUACCGCCGGGGCGAGGAGCACCCGGUCGCCGUCAAGACCCUGCCCGUGGCGUCGAGCCCCUCGGCCGAGGCCGACUUCAUGAUGGAGGCCCUGAUCAUGAGCAAGUUCGACCACCCGAACGUCGUGCACUUCAUCGGGGUCUCGUUCGACAAGCAUCCGCGCUUCAUCGUGCUCGAGCUCCUGGGCGGCGGCGAUCUCAAGUUCUUCCUGCGCGAGGAGCGACCGCGCCAGGACCGGCCCACCAGCCUGACGAUGCGCGACCUCAUCAAUUGCGCCUACGACGUGGCGAAGGGCUGCAAGUACAUGGAGGACGCGCGCUUCAUACAUCGCGACAUAGCGGCGCGCAACUGCCUCCUCACCUGCAAGGGGCCGGGCCGCUGCGUCAAGAUCGCCGACUUCGGCAUGGCGCGCGACAUCUAUCGCAGCGACUACUAUCGCAAGGGCGGCAAAGCCAUGCUGCCCAUCAAGUGGAUGCCGCCCGAGAGCUUCCUCGACGGCAUAUUCACCACCAAGACCGACGUCUGGGCGUUCGGCGUCACCUGCUGGGAGAUCAUGUCGUUCGGCUACAUGCCCUACACGGGCUGCUCCAAUCUCGAGGUCAUGUCCAUGGUGACCAACGGCAGUCGGCUGGAGAAGCCCGCCGGCUGUCCGGAUCCCGUGUACGCCGUGAUGGCCCAGUGCUGGCACUCGGCGCCCGACAAGCGGCCGAGCUUCACCACGAUCGUCGAGAGGAUCGAUUACUGCCUGCAGGACCCGGACGUGGUCAACAUGCCGACGCCGAAUUUCGAUCUGCUGCCGAUCGGCGAUAGGGAGAUCACGGUGGUCAGGCCCGAUCCCGAGACCGAGUGCAUAAACGUCCAUCCGGGGCUGGACGGUUGCGGCUACAUGCAGCCACGCUUCCGACCCACGACGUAUCGCAUAUCGACUCAACCCGAGAUCGUGUACUCGUCGCUGAAGCACGGGGCGACGAACCCCGACCAGGAGAAUUGCAAUGACCCGUCGCCAGCUCAAGAGUCGGAUUAUCGCGACUCUCAACUCGAUAAUCAGGAGCCAAACGCCAACGCACCAGUGGCGCCCGGGGGCCUAGACAUCGCCAAAUCCGCUGCCAAGAAUGGCAACGACAGCUGUACCGAGACAACAACGUCGCCGGGUGAGGAGGCCUCUUCGGGACCCGACACCGGGGUGCUGGCGACCCCGGUCGAUCGCAAUCCACCGGUGCAGCCGGACAACGGCAACGAGAUCGCCACCCUGGACAAUGUCAACGGCCUGAUCAAGCGCAGCACCCUCAAGACCACGAUGAGCCUCGAUCCGAGUAUACUCUGCAAAAGCAGCUCGGCGACGGCGACGGCAGCGACUCACGAUCCCGACAACAAGUCCGACGGCCAGCCACAGAGAAAGAAACCGGCGGUCGACACGGAGGAGAUCUCCUGCUGAGACCAGCAGUCCGGGGGCUGACAGCGAUCAUGACUCAGCUCCCGAUUAUUGUCCGACGAUAUGCGCUACGUGCCGCCCGCGGCUUACGGCUUCGCGAGCGACGACGACUGCGCCGGCGGCAGCAGCUUUCUGUACGGGCCGGGCAGUUACGAGCCGAGCGGGCCCCGCAGAUCGGCCACCAUGCCGUCGAUACGCUACUCGACGAUAGUGACGCAGACGAGCAAGACGAGAACGUCGCCGUGCUUGAGACGCUCCGAGCAGUCCUCCGAGGAGACGCUCAUUUAGGGACGACGAAAAGUUGCGUCUCUUUAUAUUAUCACAUAACUUAUAUUGGUGUUACGCGCGAGAUUAAAUUACUAUAGGAGAAAAAAAUACGAGCUAUGAGUGACUGUAAUUGCGAUUAAAGGAGUCACUAUGAUAUAGGCGCGAUAAUGCGCGACGAGAGCUGCAACGAGAGAGCUUACACAUACCUGACCCGUGCACGCGGGAGUGUAUGCACGAAAGCUUAGGCGGGGGUUGACACGGCCAAGUGAUAAUUACGACAUGAGUUAAGUGCUCGUGUAAACAAGGUGCGAUGCGCGCCACAGUGCGGAACGGGUGUGCACUUACAUAUAAUACACGUGAUAUGUCGCGCGGCAUAUUAAUACCAUCAUUAUGAACGACAAGUGUUGUACUAUAAACAACGAAAUUAACGUUUUUUACGUGUUUGCAGAAUAAUUCGUUAGAGUUAAGGAUAUAUUCAUGCAGAUUAUGCAUCGUAGUGUGAACCAAAAUUACGCGCGUUAAGUUUGAUUUUAUCGAAUAUGCGUUUCGUUUUUCCAUUAAAUUUGGCGAAUUUUAAAUGAUUGAAUUUGGCGUGUAGUGUGAGAAACCGAUAUAUAACAAAAUCGAUAUAAUAAAAAGUUAUACGUUCAAGUACAAAUGCCAUCUGCUGGUUGGAGGCUAUAUUGAGACAUAAGCGAGAAGACUUUUAGGAUAUGUAUUUUCAUAAGUUGACUCUCCGUUUUUUAAUUCAUAUAACAUAUAUAAGUUUUACGUGUUUAUGAUACGCUCGAGUUGUGUUUGAUUAGGAAAAACAGGGUUUUGUAAUUCGUAGGAUUACGUGUCAAAUUCUCGUAUGUAAAAAUUCCUUUUCCAUUUGCAAAGGGAAUGUUAUAGGUAAGAGCCUGAAAUAGGAAACGGGUAAAAAAAGCACUUCUUUCGUUCGGUUUUUAUGCGUGCAUAUUAUAAAGCUAAAUUUUUCGCAAAACGAAAAUUCAUACUGUACAUAAUAGUAAACCGAUUUUAUUUAUGACUGAUAUUCUACAAACAAUCGACAAAAAACAACUGACAGACUGUUCCUAUAUGCGCACUCGAUUAUAGAAAUUUCCCAUUUCUCAUUGGAUUAAAAUCGAACACAACAUUUUAACGUAGUCGUUUUUUAUAAUAUAUAAUACGCGAAUCAGAGAAAGUCUUUUAGCAUUGUCCGAUAAUCAAUAUGAAUAACUAAGGAAACAUGAAAAAAUAAAUGAAAAUCGACGAAACUUAUUUAUACAUUAUAAUGGAAAGUUCUUUAUAAGUGUAUUGGCAACCAACCCUUGCAAAGAAAUAUACUCAAGUGCAUCUUUAUCUGUCAACAUACAAUGAAUGUCUCCCGGUUUUAUUUUAAUCUGUGUGAUAAUCUUAUAAGAAAUUUUCCAGUCGGCUUAAAAAGUAGACAUCCUCGCGAAAACGAUUUCAAGCACGUAUUCGAAUAGCCGUCAGAAAUGAUCAUUCGUACAGCAUAAUUAGUCAGUAACGUAUUAUUAAUAAGUGGUUGAUUAGUCGUGACAAGGAAGUGUUCUGCUAAAAGAGUGUAAUAUGUGUAACGAAUAUAGGAAAUAAGAAUUAUUUUGUAUAUAACAUAGAAUGGAAAAAAUUGAAGCACGAGGCGAUGCUCAAAAUAAAUAUGCAAGAAAAAAAUAGUUUUUUAGAUACGUAUUGUGCAACAAUACAUAUGAUUUGCGAUGAAAAUAUAAGUACUUUAAUGUCUCGUGUACGAUUGGUCCACGCGUCUUUUAUAAAAUAUAAUAAAAGUGAUACUUUGAACCUUUCUAUCCUCGAGUCAGAUCGGAAUUGCUUGUCACAAGCCGAAACGAAUUGAUGAUCAUUUUUCGCGUAAAUUCACUCGUUUGCAUCGUUUAUAUAUUACAGUCAAUGUCAAACAAAGUCUGUAAACAUUGAUUUUUUUAACAAAAUAAAAUGCAACCCAUUUCCAGUAUUUAUAUACAGCUUUUUAGGGUAGAAUAAUAUUUACGAAUAAAUAAAAAGUGCAGCGCCGAUGAAUAAAUAAUUUUAUAUGUCUUACGAGGUGUACGUCGCAAUGAU